GUCCUAUAUAUGAAAGCAUAAAACACACACACACACACACACACACACACACACACAGAGUGCAGUGUGCAACCCUGAGCAUGAUGUGAGACUGUGACAAAGGCAAGAGCAGGAUAGCCACUUUGAUUUUGGACUAACAGCAAAGGAAGCAAUAAAACUGGAUUCACAAUGGGAACUGUUCCUCACCCCAAAAGGACUGUUACAGUUCAAAUGGUACCUCGACUAUCUGGUACGGAUACUUUGGGCAACAAGGAUGCAAACACAAUCUGUCUCCAAGACUCCAAGACAGGUUUAAACCUGACUGAGGAUCAUGCUUCUUCCCAAAACAAUGAACCUAAACAGGAUAAUAUGCAACAUAAAUCUGCAAAUAAAGGGAAACCAGCAGACAACUCUCUUUCUUCUAAUUGUGAGGAUAAUAGAAAACCUGAUGCCCAGGAGCCUCAUGCAAAUGCCAAGACAGAAAACAGCAGUGUAAAUUCAAAGUUGUCACCAACCAUUUCUGCCAAAAGCAAGGAUAUAUGUUCAAGCAACCCAUCAGGUGUAGAAACAGUGUUGCAAGAUGUUAAGGGAAGAAAUGGGAGUCAUGCUAAACAAAGAACCGAGGAACAGCAGAGCAUGGUGAAACUACAGAGUAGGGCAUUGUCAUCUGAGGAACCCACAGGAGAAAGUCAAAGGCCAUGUCACACAUGUGAUCCAAAGCUCACAGAAUUACCUCCCAGUAACAGGAAUGCCAACAAGGACACUUCCUAUUUACAUGAACUUCCAGAAUCCAGUUGCACCAUUAGUUCAGAUGUAGAGCUGAUCACCAGCAUGGAUGAUACAAAUCUACCACUCCCAGAAUCUGCUAGGAAAUUGCAUGAAGGGACUUCCUCACAAGGCCUUACAACAGAGAUUUCCAAAUCAGUUCCUAAACCAGUAGAUACCUCCCAGCCACCAAACAGCAAUGAUAAGCCUGAGACAAAUCUUACUUCAUUACAAGCAAGCAAAAAACAGUCCCCACUAUUUAAAGAAAAUGAGUCCUACCCCAAGUUGGAGUAUGAUGCAAAAGAUGCCAAAUCUCAAUAUACUGUCACAGUAAACAGCACUUGUCAACACUCCCCAGACAUCUCCAUAACUCACUCAUUUCAGGCUGAGGUGACUGAUGAGGCAAUUCAAACACAAGAAUUUGCUUCAGAGGAUAAUAUAAAACACUGUAAGCUGUACUGUGAGGCCUCCACCAUGACAUCAGCAGCAGACAGUGGACCCUCACCUUGCAAACAUCACCAGGAUGUAGAGGUGCAGGCUGUAGCUUUGCUCUGCACUCGAGCUGUUGAAACAAGUCCUAGUCUUUUUCCAUACCAUCCCAAACGAGUAUCUAUUUGUCUUCAGAUGGAAGAAAUGGAGAGCCUUGCAAUGGUAUAUCAUAAGGACAAUGCAGAGGUUCCGAUUAUAAUGAAAACGUCUGGUAGUUUAUGUGGCCCAUGUAUCACCUCCUUGUCAGAGGGACUUCCUCAACCUGGACCCAUUUCGGUGCUCACAGACGGUAUUUUACAGAAUGAGACCAGGCUUGGUGCCAAGCCCAAGGAACCCGGGCCACCAAUUUACAAUGCACCGAAAGGAUAUUCGCCUCUUCAACCAGUUUAUCAGAUUAAUAUCGAGACAUGCAAUCAAAAUAAGUUAUCAAGUGAAGCCAGUUGUCAGAGCUGCCAAGUAAUCCCCAUGCUUUCUGUUUCAAAUACGUUGAAAGAUGAUUCCAAAGGGAAUGGCUUUGGUGAUAUAUCAACCACAACAACUGAUCAGGCCUGUCAAGAUGUAUGUGUAACAAGCUCCCAGUCAGAAAAAACAGCCAAGCCUCCUGUUGCUAAAUCUCCAAUUUCACAGUCAAAGCCAUCUUUACACCCAGUCAGUCAUUGCACAUUGGCUAAUGAGACCAAUACAAAGGCUUCUGUCCCAGCAUCAAGCUCCACUUCAGAGGUCACAAUAAAGACAGAGCAGCCGGUGUACAAAUCCAUAGCCAAGUCUGCGAAGCAAGCUUCCAAGUGUGAGUCGGAGCGGAAUAAGAAGAAGAAUGAGAAGGAAGCCAAGCCAACCAAAAAGAGCGUUCAUGAUGUGGUGUGGGAUGAGCAGGGCAUGACGUGGGAGGUGUACGGCGCUUCGCUGGAUCCAGAGUCACUCGGUUUUGCUAUUCAGAGUCAUCUCCAGUGCAAAAUCAAGGAACAUGAGAAGAAGAUCAUAUCUCAGACAGCACUCAGGAAAUCCAUGUCAGGUGCAGCAUCUGACUCACCGUCUGGCAAAAAGAGCAAGCGAAGGCAGGCUAACGUCUUCAGGUCCAUGUUCGAAAACGUCAGACGGCCCAACUGUUGCGUACGUCCACCACCAUCGGCAGUGCUGGAGUGAAGACUGUUCAGUAAUCAAGGUCCAAUGAUUUCCUGGUACAGAAUCUUCCUUGAGGUUUUCUAGUGCAAAGCAUGACAGGACUAUUCCCGGUUCAUGGUGCAGAGUGUGCAGCUUUAAAAAAAUGGUGAGUGUGUAAGUGGAGGCAGCAAGCAGUAUUAUUAAAGAAAGUAUUUUUAAAAGAUUGAAAAAAAUGCCAAGAGUAAAGUUCUAACAGCAUUUACAGUGAAAUGGCAAUAAUGAUAACUUAUAAUUAUAAUGAACAUAAUGGAACAUAUUUAGUUAUGCAUGUGUAUUGGUUGAGAUGGCUGUCUAUUAACCUCCCAUUGUGGGAUUUGCAGUUAUAUAUUGCACUGAAUAUCAGAUGUAAGCUAACUACUGUUACUUUUUACAAACCUUGUGUGUUUGAAUUUAAAACCUUAUUGUACUCUGAGUUUGGUAACAAUUAUUUUGCAUUUUCAGGGCUCAGUUGACCCCUAUUAUUUAUGAUAUUCAUUUUUAUGAGUUUGUUUAUUCCUUAAGCUUUGCAGCUCCAAAUAUGUUGAGAAUUAGUAUUGAUAAAGUGCAAGAAGAACAACAACAACAAAAAAAAAUCCAAAAUCUGCUGUGCUUCUUGUCAUUUGUAUAGUAAAUUGCCAGUGUGCCAUAGAUACCAUAUUCCGCAGCAAUGUUACCCUGAUUUUAUAUUAAAAUCAUCUUACCAUUCA